CGCCCCCGGGCACCGAGCGGCGGGACGGGACAGGACAGAACGGGCCGGGCCGGGUCGGGUCGGGUCCGGUCCCGCCCCGCCCCGCCCCGCCUCGUGCUUGGGUGCUGCUGCCGCUGAAGGAAUGGCCAUGGCCCGUCUGGCAGCACUGGCCCGGCACGGGCUGCAGCUCCUGUGCCGGGCAGGCGGGCAGCGGGGAGCCCCGCCGGGCAGUGCCCUGCACACAAAGAUGCCCUCUCUGUCUCCCAAGGUGACCAACAGCUACAUCCAGGGACCCACAGAUAUUCCCCUUCUUGACAAAACCGUGGGCCAGUGCCUGGAGGAGACUGUGGAGCGCUUUCCUGACCGUGAGGCCUUGGUCUUCUGCUGGGAUGGGGUUCGGAAGACAUUUGCCCAGUUCAAAGAGGAGGUGGACCAAGCAGCAGCUGGACUUCUGGCCCUUGGCCUGAGGAAGGGAGACCGGCUGGGGAUGUGGGGACCCAAUAAAUACGAAUGGGUUCUUAUGCAGUUUGCAACUGCCCAGGCAGGAAUCAUCCUGGUAUCUGUGAAUCCAGCCUACCAGGCCUCUGAACUGGAGUUUGUGCUCAGGAAGGUUGGCUGUAAGGCCCUGGUGUUCCCCAAUCAAUUUAAAACACAGAAAUACUAUGAUAUUCUAAAGCAGUCGUGUCCUGAACUAGAAAAAUCCAGUCCUGGAGGAAUAAAGAGCAAAAGGCUACCUGACUUAUCCAUUGUCAUCAUGUAUGACUCUAAGCUGCCUGGCACCUUCCACAUGGAUGAAGUGAUUCAGGCUGGGGACAGCAGCCACCUGAAGCAGCUCAGGGCUGUGCAGCAGACGCUGUCCUGCAAUGAGCCCAUCAACAUCCAGUUCACUUCAGGAACAACGGGAAGCCCUAAAGGAGCCACUCUCUCUCACAGGAACAUUGUGAAUAAUGCCAAUCUGGUUGGUCUGAGGCUGGGGAUCACAGACCAGGAGAGUCGCUUUGGGCUCCCUGCGCCUCUCUACCACUGCCUGACGUCGGUGGGAGGCUGCAUGGUGAUGGCUCUGCAUGGCACAUCCUGCAUCUUCUCAUCGCCCAGCUUCGAGGGCAAGGCUGCACUGGAGGCUGUGUCUCAAGAGAAAUGCUCCUUCCUCCUUGGCACACCCACCAUGUUCAUAGACAUGCUUUCCCAGCCGGACUUUGACUCCUAUGACCUGUCAGCUCUCCGGGGAGGAGUUAUUGGAGGUUCUCCUGUUCCCCCUGAGAUCAUGAAGACAAUUAUCACCAAGAUGCACAUGCCAGAGCUUGUGGUUGCCUAUGGGACCACAGAAAACAGCCCUGUCACCUUCAUGGGGUUCCCCAAUGACAGCAUUGACCAGAAAACUGAGACAGUGGGAUACAUCUUUCCCCACACAGAGGCAAAAAUUGAGGAUCCAGAAACAGGGCAAUCUGUGCCUCUGAACACUCCUGGGGAGCUUCAGAUCCGUGGCUACUGUGUCAUGCUGGCCUACUGGAAUGACCCUGCCAAGACAAGUGAAGUGAUCACUGCUGAGAGGUGGUACAAAACAGGGGACCUCGGGAUCCUUAAUGAGCAUGGCUACUGCAAAAUUAUAGGGCGUUGCAAGGACAUGAUUAUUCGGGGAGGAGAGAACAUCUAUCCAACAGAACUUGAGCAGUUCCUCCACACCCAUCCCAAGGUUGAGGAGGUCCAGCAUCAAAUUCCAUGUAAUAUUGGUAAGCAAGGAGGAGGGACAGGCUCAUGCGAUGGAAGUGGCACGAGGCAUAUGGAUUGUGGCAAUCUCCUUGUGUUCCAGCUGCAUAUCUCCAAAGUGCUUGUCAUUCUUCAGUUUUAAACUGCCUGUCCACUUUCAUAACUCCCUCUGAACUUCUUACUCAGAAAGCAGUCUGGAAGGACAGUUUUUACUGAUAAUUGCUCAACUCUGACAUCCAGGAAGACUCUUCCAACAAGCCCUGGAGAUGAGGAGUGAGACUUUGUUUCACUCCUUUGCAAGACAGCAAAGAUUUCCAGGACUGAGCAGCUGUUCCCUAUUUGCUGGGAUUGUUCUCCUCCAGGUUUUGUGCCAGACAAGUUUCCCUAUAAAUAAACUGCUUAUUUAGCCAGA